AUGCGUAUAUACUAUCUACCUGUAGAAUAUUGGACUAAGGAGAUCAUAUCGAGUAUCGAAAACUCGGUGGGAGUUCCUAUCAAGGUGGACGGAGCAACUGCGGAUGAAGAUGUUGGACACUUUGCUAGGGUGCUUGUGGAAGUGGAUCUGGCCCUUCCUCUACCGGACUCGGUUCAUGUGGAUUGUCCGGAUCAAUCCUUUUAUGUUGAGAUUGGCUUUGAACAAUUGCCACACUUUUGCACCAAAUGCAAAAUCACGGGUCAUUCCUUGGAUAAUUGCUUUAAACAUAGCGCGGGAAAAAUGAUUGAACAGCCGGAGAAACCCAAGGAGGGAGAUGUGGUUGAUGCCGCCAUUGAGAAAAGCAAGGGAGGUGAGGACUUCCAAUUUCGGAAGCCGAAAUCAACCUGGCACCCCAAACCCGGAAAGGAAACUAAAAAGGCUACGAAAAAUAGAUUCAAUGUGUUGAGCUCCCAGGACAUUUCAGGGCCGGACAUCUUGGAAGUUGUCACGAUACCGAUUUAUGAGGAUGAAGUUCAGCAGAUUAAGCAAGGAAACACUUCUACGGAGUUGAUUCCUGAGGAGGAAGAAGAUCAGGUUAUAGAGCUGGAGAAGGACGAGCAGCAGAUCAAUGAUCCCACAGGAAGAUAA